AUUGCAUUAGCUUCAGCAAAAUUCAAACGGCCGUCUGGAACGAAACAUAUUUACCUGGAACCUGGAAACAUGGCGGCAGCAAUAAAACCAUGCAAAAUCAAUGUGCCCGAUGCAGGCAUAGCCAAGCUCAAGGCGAAGCUCGCCCACGCCAGUUUCCCCGAUGACGUAGAGUUCUCCAACGACUGGACUCAUGGCUCACCAGCCGCCGAUAUCAAGAGACUGGUCAAAUAUUGGCAGAACGGGUUCGAUUGGAGGGCACAAGAGGCGAAGCUCAAUGAGCUGCCACAGUUUACAACGUCCAUCACCGUCGACGGCUUUGAUCCCAUCGACAUCAACUUUAUCCACCAGCCGAGCAAGGCCGGAAGUAUUCCUCUACUCUUUUGCCAUGGCUGGCCCGGUAGUUUUAUUGAAGUUGUCAAGAUACUGCCACUUCUUACACAGGACGAUGGAGAGGGGCCGACAUUCCAUGUUGUUGCACCUUCGCUGCCCAACUUUGGCUUUUCUGGCCUUGUCAAAACCAAAGGCUUUGGCAUUAUGCAGUACGCGGAGGCUAUGCACAAGGUAAUGUUGGCGUUGGGAUAUGAUAAAUAUGUUACGCAAGGCGGCGAUUGGGGCUUCAUCAUCACGCGAUCCAUGGCGAUGCAGUUCCCCGACAACUGUCUGGCAUGCCAUGUCAACUGUCUUGGGGCACGCCCAGGACUGCUAGAUCUCGGAUGGCUGGGACUCAAAUCUACACUCGGGCUACUUUCCGACAGAGAGAAGCGCGAGACCAAACAGAUGCAAGAUCACCUACGCCGAGGGAUGGGCUAUCUUGCUAUCCAGUCCACCAAGCCCUCUACCAUUGGAUUUGGAUUAGAGGACUCUCCGGUUGCCUUGCUGGCGUGGAUAUAUGAAAAGCUGGUUACCUGGACGGACGGCUAUCCCUGGACCGACGAUGAGAUUUUGACUUGGGUGUCUAUAUACCAGUUUUCCAGUGCCGGCCCAGCUGCGAGUGUUCGAAUCUACUACGAAGCCUUCCAGUCCAACUAUCCACACACGAAAAAGACAUUUGAAUACAUCCCCAGAGUACCACUUGGCGUUUCCCACUAUCCCAAGGAAAUGUCCCCGGUGCCUGCAAGCUGGGGGCGUGGCUUAGGACCUGUCGUCUUCCAAGCGAUCCAUGACCAGGGUGGCCAUUUUGCAGCAUAUGAGUGCCCCGAGGCAAUGGUAACGGAUUUAAAGCUAAUGUUUGGCGGCAAAGGUGGCGCAGCAAAAGUAACUCGAUACUUUGCGAAGCUUUAAUAAUAUGCGAAGAACUUAUUGACGAAACAGCAAUAUGUAAUUUCAGAAAACUAGCUAUGUACAUGUUUUUUUUGGGCUUAAUAAGAAAAGACAUUCAAAAAGAUCAUCAUCGCGACUAUAUACAGUGCGUGCUGUCUUGCAGCAAAUUUACCAGAGGCAACUUAAGGAGCGUUGACGCAGUUGGUGGUAGAGAAGUUGUUCUCAGCCUCCUGGAGGACGGCGGUAAUCUGGGAAGCCUGGUCGUUGGCAAUGGACUUGGCGUUGUCGGGGACCUUGGAGACAAUAGCAGCAAUGAGGGCCUGGGCGGCAGUCUUGAUGCUGCCAAUCUGGGUGCGGGUGAUGUCGCAAGCCUUGGCCUGCUGGACCUUGUCGCGGGAGGCCUUGAAGUCGUCAGAGAGAGUCUGAGCGUGCUUCUUGAGCUCCUGGACGUUGGAGAUGAGGGAGAUGGUGUCACCAUAGCUGAGGUUGGAGCUGCCCUGAACAGUGGUCUUGCCGUUGUUGAUGGUGGUGAUCAAGGCGUUGGAGGAGCUGAUGACGGGGGCAGUGUCACCGUUGAAGGCCUUGGCGACGGCAUCGAGGUUGUCGGUGCCGGUCUGGACCUGGGCAAUGACACCGCGGACGGUGGCAAGGUCGCGGACCUCAAUGACAGCAGCCUGGGCAGAGGCAGCAAGGGCAACAACGAGAGCCUGGGGGGCGAACUUCAUGGUGAAUGUGUGGUUUGGGGGGUUUGGGUUUU